UGCUCAGUGGGUCGCACCAAAUUCUAUUGUGAUGCUAAACUUUCGGAAGAGAGACAGAGACGCAGCAGUGAGAGAGGGAGGGAGGGAGGAAGGAAGGAAGAGCGGCUUGGAUUUCUGUUGGGACAAAUGUGACAAAUGUGAGCUGCGUUGAUGUUGAAGCGUGAGCCCUUCCUCCAUUCAGUGAGCUUUUGAACCCUUUUCCAAGUGUGGCCAGUGCGCGUCCUGGUGUUGUUUCGCCGGACCUUUAGCCACACUUGGCGCUGCCGGAAUGCGCUGUGCACUUUGCAGCUCGGUGCCCGGAUGCCUCCUGCUUGGCUUUUCCUCGACCGGGACUUCUAAAUGAUCGACGGAAGGACAGACUCUUUUCGUCAGCCUGCUCCCCCGCGCACUCCGCCCGGUCGCAGCCGGACCGAAGGCCGGUGAGCCCGCUCUGAGCGCUUCCUUUCCGGGCAUGGACGGUGGCCGGGCGGGGCUCCGGCAGGCGGAGGGCGGAGGACGAGGAGGCGGGUGGACGCUCGUGGAGGCUCAGCUGCGGGGUGGAGCACCGUGGGGCUUUACGCUCCAGGGUGGCCUGGAGCGCGGGGAGCCGCUCAUCAUCGCCAAGGUGGAAGAGGGCGGCAAGGCCGACAGUUUGGAGUGCCCGCUUCAGGUGGGGGAUGUGAUUAUCAUCAUCAACGACAUCGAGCUGACAGGUUAUCGUCAGGAAGCCAUCGCCCUUGUCAAAGGAUCAUACAAGACUCUACAGAUCACCGUCCGCAGGGAGUUUGAUCCUGGAUACAUUGAGGAAUUUGGGUCUUCACCUCCCUCAUGUCCUCCUUUUUCUGCCCCUUCCCCUCCUCCUCGUCUUUCUCCGACGUCACCACCACCGCAUCGACGACAACCAAAAACAACCCAUCGCAGCAGACCGUGUUCAACAGGAGGAGUCCAGCUACGCAUCAAGAACAGACGCAGUGAGACGGCAUCUCGUCCUCACUCGUGGCAUUCAACAAAACUGAGUGAAGGUCAGCAGGAGUCAGACCAGGAAGGGAUGGUCACCAUGAGCAGUGGCUGGCACCACAAUUACCAUGCAAGUGCCUCCACCGCUGACCUCUCAGGUGGCUUUGAGUCGGAUGGCGGCUACCUGAGGAAGAGUCCUGACCAGUACAGCUCAAGAGGCAGCAUGGAGAGCCUGGAUCCUCCUCAGUCUGCACACCUCCAGCACCAUCACACCCACAGUGCGCCUCACCAUGCCUACUCCUCCUGCCAACAGCUAUCCUCUUCCAGGUCCUCCAACAGCAUUGACCACCUCCACAGCAAGCGAGACUCUGCAUACUCCUCCUUCUCCACCAGCUCCAGCAUCCCGGAGUACCUUGCCUCUGCUCCCACAUUCAGUCCCGAGCGCUCCUAUUCACUGGAGGCUGUGCCCCAGAGAGAAGGAAGUGGAGAGAUGCAACAAGCUGGCAUGCGUUACAUCCGGACAGUUUACAAUGCCCAGCAGGGGCUCUCUCAAGAGCAGGAAUUGAGCUCUCCGUCGGCUGUAUCACUACGUAACAGUGAUUCAAGGAGUUGGGAAGGAGUGAAAGGAGGGCAAAGCAGAGAUCCACCAAGUAGAGUCUGUUACCGUGGCAGCAGCAGCGGAGGUAAUAGCAGUAGUGUGCUGGCUGCAAACAGGCACAGUGUAGGUGCGAUAUGGGCUCCUGGAACCAGUCACAGCUCUUAUGAGAACCUGAAGGGGGCACCUGCUCCGCCGCGACGCAGCGACAGCUUUGCAGCCAUCAAAAACCAUGAGAGGCCCAACUCUUGGUCCAGUGUGGAGCAACCCCGGGCAGUUAAUAGAUCUCUGCAGAAGGGCUCCUAUCAUCACUCCAGUGGCCCAGUUGUCUCAAGUACAGCUAAAGGCUCGUGCAUCACUGAGGGUCAGCUCCACACGGUCAUAGAAAAGAGUCCAGAGAGCAGCCCCACCACAAAGCCCCGGCAGGGCUUUCCCCUGCCAGGGUCACCUUCUGGACCUUCCACAAGCCUUUCAAGCCCAGUUCCCCCAUCAGGACGCCUCAUUCUGCCCACAGGAGUGUACCCUCUACUCCAACCUGAGUCCCACUAUGCACAGAUACCCAGCGCAAGUCCCAUGUCACCAUCCUUGGGAGUCGAUCCCGCACUGGCCAAGGACAGCAACCGGCAGCAGGAGCAAAGCCUGGAGAACGCCAGAGGGCAAGAGGAGGAAGCAACUGAGCAAUGGAGAGAUGGAAAACUGACAGCUAUUGAAAAAGGUCAUCAAAUGAACAUUUCAUUGCCAUACUCCAACUCCGUUGCUCCAACAGUUGCCACAUUGCAGUGCCGAGCACAUGAGUCGGACAGGAAUCAACAGGAGGAUAAUCAUUUUGGACACAACAGACCCUUUCCUACUGCAGGGAGAUCCGAGAGCCAGGCAGGGGCCAACAUGUUUCAUCGACAGCAGGGGUCUCAGUCUCACAGCCCCCAUCACCUUCAGUUGCAUUCUAACCAAGGACCCCGCAACCAAAUGUUACAAGAACAAGAUUUACGAAGUCCCCAAACUCAGUCAACUCCAGCUCUUGGGUCCCAGAACUACCAAGAGCGGAGGGACCCUUACACAACUGGACAGCCUGAGGGCCAAAUUAGAAGAUCAAUGGACCAAUCCGACCUUCAUCCAGAGCCAAUGUCAUAUUCCAGAGUUGCCCAGGGACAAGUGCCACCUUCUCAUUCACCAGUUCACCCUCAGCACUCCUCCUCCACUCUGGCCUCUAUCCGUCACCACAGUGACUCAGUUGCACUUCAUUACCAGAAAGAGCAGAACAGAGACAAAGAACACCCGCUGACCCGUCUCGAGAAUGCCCUUGUAGAGGUACAGCGUUGCACCAGCCCCAACACUGGUGUCUCUGCCGGUAGUCAUGACAACAAUAUCCAGGGACCCGCCCGUAGUCUCUCCGUCCUAGAGAGGGUCAGUCGCUUUGAGCAUUGUGACAGAGCAGGAAACCAACGUAGUUACAGCAUUGGUCCUGGUCACCACAAAAACUCUUUCCCUAGGCAGGUGACUGACAAAGCCCACGGUUCCCCCUGUGGAGCAGAAGACCUCAGAAGCAUGCUCGAAAGAAGCACCAGCAAAGCCCAUAGAACUAGGAGCUACAGAGGAGGCAGCGUCAACUGCAAGAAAGACAGGACUGCACCUGAUCCCAGUUCAGCCCUGGAGAGGAGCCUCAGCAGCCUCCAGCUGGAUGGAUCCAGGGAAGACAAUGACAGCAACAUUUUGCAGGAAACGUCCUUCCACAGAUCUUACAGGAACUCAUUGAAAGAUGCGCAGUCCAAGGUCCUGCGUUCUACCUCCUUGAGACACAAUUUCUCCCCCGUUUGUCCCUCACGUGCAGCUUCUUCUUCCAAUUCCUCCUCACCCAGCAGCCAUCAGCCUCUGCCUAGCCUGGGCGACCACCCCCACUCAGAGAAGAAAGGCCCUAAAACCAUGCCCAAACCACCGAGCAUUGUUAUCGCUGCCCCGGUCAUAUCCCCUCACACGCCAAAGGAGCGGCACGUCGUCGGCCCCGAGAUUCGAGGCCCGAGUCCCCCGGCCUUGCCCUGCGUCCCGCCGGUCGGAACUCCCGCUCUGUUGCGAAUCUGCGGACGCAGACGUCUGACCGCAGACCAGAAGAAACGCUCCUAUUCGGAGCCAGACAGCAUGAAUGAGAUUGGGAUUUCAGAUUCUGAGACAUCUGGUCUCUUCAAGCUUGGAGGAGAGACCAGCGUGGCCGACCGCCGGAAGAUGUUUGAACUCGGCUUUGCAAACAACGCCGUAUCAAGGCCCGACUUGCGUCAGCUUCAGCAAGAUGCCGUGGCUCAGUACGUGCAGAGGAAGAGAAGUGAAAAAAAAGACGAGGGAAGAGAAAGGGGUGGGCCGAGGCCUCUCAGCGCUUAUCUACAGUCCGAAAAAAACUACCAUUCAGACACCCUCAGCCUCUCCUCGACCUCCAGCCUGCUCUCUGUCCAAGACUCUGGGCCGGAUCGCAGCCUUUCCUGGAGUGAGAGGCGUCACUACUCUUCUCCUGGAGCUGACUUGCAAAGCCUUCAGUCUAACUUGUACUACCCAGGCAGAGUGACCACUCCGAGGCCUCCGUCACACCCACCACGUGAGGACUCUCCACCAGAGCGCCACACCUCCACCGCCCACCUCCCUUCUGAUUUUGUUCAGGAGUCAGCCUCCAAUAAACAGAGUCCAAUUCGCUCAAAAGAUUCACAGCAGAGCGCGAGGCCUCAACAGAACUGGGCAGGGCCCGAGCAGGCGAGCGGGUCUUUGGCAAUGGUUGGCUCCGUCCUGGGCUCUGGCAAAUCCGCCUCCGUUGAAGAGCUUUUGGAGCGAUCGGAGGAAAGGCUUCCAAGCCACUCUCGCUCUCGGUCUUCCCCCACUCUGGAGAGAUUGAAUAAGGACUCGCUAUCAGAUCAAGUGAAGAUGUUUGAUGCCUUCGCGUCUGAGCCCGAACGCUGCGCUAAGACUGAGGACAGCGCUGGAGACAACAAGCCACCGGAGGGCCUCGCAUCUCCUCAACCGUCACGGAGCGAUGCUCAGAACACCCGGCCUGCUGGUUGUCCUCUCAGUACAACCUUCUCCCACUCCCCUGUUCCUCUGAGGGACAGACAGCGUCGGAGGAACAGUGAGCGUCAGCGAGCCCAUAGCAUGUCCUCUCUUGCAGCCUCAGUUGGUCUUCCUUGCCCCCUCUCGUCUGCGUCUGGUGCUCAGGAAGGAGGUGGCACUGAGUGGCAGUCCAGUCAGGGUCUAAGUCAAGCCAAUCCGGACAACAUCGCCUUCCCAGGAAUCCCCCGCAGCAGCUUAGCUGAAAGCGCCGCCGGCACGAAAGGCGGAGCUGUCAGCCUCGAUGGCCACCUUGACUCCUUCGUGACGGACAAACCAACGAGGCACAGUCUGAGCGAUGCUUGUAUAUCAGAAGACACUUCAAAGGGGGCUCACAGAGAGAGGGUAUUUAGUUUAGAGAGAAGAGGAGGGCGUUGUGAAGAAAACCAACGAGGGACAUCAUCCCCGCUGCAGUUUGCAUCCACACCAGACACGAAGCACCGUGGCAAUGUCGAGUCGCGUCCGUCUCCAUCCUCUCAUCGGUCCGUGCUUCGGAACCAUUCCUCGCUGAAGAGUUUAGAAUCGAGCCUCAAGAGCUCCACUGACCGACAACAGACAUCAGUAACAUCCACGGGACUAUUUAGCGAGGACUCGGAUGAGGUAUUUAUUCGGAAUCCCGCACCUACAUCACCUUCUCCUUCGAUCAAAGAGACGAAUAUCACGGAAGACAUCCCUCUGCCGCCCCCUCCUCUCCUUGAGUCGGACCAGGAGAAUUCGCGGCGGAUUGCGGGAAGCCUCCCGAGCCUCCUGCCAUUCUCGAAGCCGCGAUCGUCCACCCUCGCAUCCGCGACUUCUAGCCCGGAGACCCUACAGUGUGACGACACGCUUAACCUUGAGUACCAGCCCCUGCUCGAGAGAGAGAAGACAGCGGAAGAGCUGCAAGUGGAGACGCUGGCACGGCAGCUGGUCAUGCGGGAUCGCUCUCUGACGCCCAUCCUCCAAACAUGGGAGGCUAAAUCACCUGUUGAGCUUGUGGAGGAGAUCUUUCAAAACAGCCGACUGGGUAGCCCGUUAAAUGACAGGGUUGAGGACGGUGUCACAACAGAGGUCAAUCAACGGACUGAGAUGGAGAAGGAGAAAGACCUCAACAGCAGGAAGGCGGAGCUGUGCGAGGCUCUCAGGCGCAGCGUGGCGGUCAUGCGCCAGGAGAAGGAUGCUCUGUGCGAGGCCACGAGGCAGCACCAGGCACUCGGGGCCGGCGUUGACUCUCUGGUGCACAAGCUAUGCAAGAUAAAUGAGAGGGACAAGUACAGCAUGUUCAUAGGAGAUCUUGAGAAAAUCGUGAACCUGCUGCUGUCACUGUGUAGCCGCCUGUCGAGGAUCGACAAAUCUUUGCUCGCUUUGCGACAAGAAGAGCUCGCAAAGGAGGACACUUCCGAGGAGCGGGACUCCCUCCAUCACAAGCGCUCUCAGCUCCUCAGUCAAACGGAGGACGCGUGGGAACUGAAGGAAAACCUGGACCGGCGCCAGCGCGUCGUUCAGGCCAUCUUGCGAGGCUACCUCACCGAACCCCAGCUCCGAGACUACCGCCGAUUUGUCAGCGCCAAACCCUCCCUCCUGAUUCGCCAACGGAACCUCGACGACCUCAUACAUCAGCGCCAGGAGCAGCUCACGAGGCUGGCGGAGACCCUCCCGCCAGAGCUGGCGGUGGCUCAGGAUCGCUCGAGAGGAUCUUUGCGUUUGUCCCCGAGCCCCGACUCUUGCUCCUCUGCCUUCCCGCGGCUGCUUUCCUCCUCUCCGAUCGCGGCCAGGUCCGCCGCAGUGACGUCGCUGUAACGUCACGAAGCGGCAGCUGUGUAGAAACUAAAAGCCAACUGGGAAUUGGGGAAGUGGGCCCGAUCUUACUGAAUCUAUGCACACAGUAUGUCACACAUGAAGCAAGCAAACACUGUUAUGUGCCUCGUUCUAUUCGCACCUGACUGAGAAAUAAUAACACAUUUGCCCAACUGCUGCCAUUUUGAUGGACUCUGUGAAGGUUGAAAAGUAACUGGCCAAAACAUACAAGAUCAUUUGUUUUUCAUCCAUCCAUUUUUCUGUCGCGCUUCUCCUCACGCGGGUCGCGGGCGUGCCGGAGCCCAUCCCGGCUGUCAUCGGGCAGGAGGCGGGGCACGCACACCCUGAACCGGUUGCCAGCCGAUAUCGCAGGGCACAUACAAACAAACAAACAAGCAUUCGCACUCACGGUCACGCCUACGGGCAAUUUAGAGUCUCCAAUGAAUGCAUGUUUUUUUUUGGGGGGGGGGGGCGAAGGCACGACGGGGAGAACGUGCAAACUCCACACAGGCGGGGCCGGGGAUCGAACCCCGGGUCCUCGGAGCUGUGAGGCUGACGCUCUAACCGGUCGUCCGCCGUGCCGCCCAUUAGUUUUUUUUAAUAAGGGUCAUUUUCUUCCAACUUUUUGAGGAAAUGCUUGCUUGACACGUUAACUUGCGAUAUUUUUCCGAGUUAAGACAACGGCUGCAAAGCCUUCCAUGUGAAAUGUGGAAAAUCUUUCGACUUUCCCUCAGACAGAAUAUUCAGUACAUGACAGAGGAGAAGGAGGGACUGUUCCUAAAAUGCUGUGAAUACCGUGAGAAUUCGGUGUCUCAUUUCGGUAACUCAACUAGAUAAGCAUGUUUGCUGGUGGCCAAAGACAAAAUCGUAACAAUAGGAAAUUGAAUGCCACUUAUUUGUAGGCUGAAAGGCUUGAUGUCAAAGGAGGAGGAGUCCAAAGAUUUGGAUGGAUACAAUGUGGACCGCUGUUUUGUUUCAUAUUUACACUUUUUUGGGGUGGCCCUAACCCUUAUGGAUAAUAAUAUAAAUCACAAAAUAAGCCGGUUUUCACAUUUGAGCCUCCAUUAUGAUUACAGAUUUAAGGAUAUAAUCAUUGUCGUCAUGAACGGUUCUCGGUCUCGUAAUUCAUUCAACGGACUAUUGGGGCUACUCCUUUCAGAGCCCGUUGUCUUAAGAACCCACCAGCACAAUGUCAUUCAUUCUAUAAUAUCAAAUAGUAGCUAUCCUAUUUGUCGUCAAACAAUUGGAAUGGAAAUGUUGGCCAUAGAAAAGAAGGUUUUUAAGGUUAUCUCCCGGUGAGGUGACUUUUUCGAGGCCGCCUCCCUCACGUUAUCCGAUGUCAGAUAGAAGUGAAGCGCGACAUCCUUUAUCGAGGCAGCAGUGCGGACUUUUGAAAAGUCAUUUUCACAACUUGAGUACACGUUUUAUCAGGAGGGCAAUAUUUUAUCCUGUUUUUCCUCGCUCUCUCUCUCUUUUACUUUGGAGAGCACAUAUCACACACAUCACACUCACUUUUGGAUGUAUUCCUCGUAGGCACAACAGAUUAUCCCAGAUGUGUUUUGCCGGUUGACCUAUGAAAGAUGGAUGAUUGGAAAAAUACUCCUGAUGGGGUUUUUUUUGCUAAAUAAAUAUAUUUUGUAAAUGCU